AUGGCUGAUAAAAAGUAGUAAGCUUAAGCAAAACCUGGAGUGAAAUUCCAGGAUCAACCAGCAGGUGUUUAGUAAGUGGAAAACAAACCAUACGUAAUUUACAAGAAUGCAACUGAAUAAAGAGAUCAAGCAUUAAAGUAAUUUAAUAAAGUAACAGUUUUCAUUGAAUUCAGGUAUAAACAUUAUUCAAAACAUACACUGCGUCAGAUCCUUAAUGUGUACGAAAGGACACAGCAUAAUCUUUGAAAACCUUACUUGCAUCAUUAAGAGAUUGUAUGCAAGUGAUGAAUAUCGGGACAUUCGAGGAUAAGAAUUCAAAUUAUUAUCUAAUAUAUAAUGGAACAGUUUAUAUAUUUGAUAUUUGCAGAGUCUUGAGAAAAGUAAAGAUGUUCAUAAAUAAUAAAAUAGUCAAUAUACUAAUAUAUCGCAAUUGAUUUUUUGGCAUUUUGUAUCACUUCGAUGGAGGGAUGCUUGGUGUUGACAUCCAUAAAGUAUUUGGAUUGGAGGAUCAAACUCUAUGUCGAAUUGGCGCACAUCUACCAUUCCUUGCAAUCGAAGGCUUGUGCCUAUAGAACAAUAGAUUUGGGGUUACAAAAGGUUUAAGAAUUGAGAGAGUUGGAAGAAAUGGAUCCACCAUUGUAGGAUUACAUGGAUAAGAUCUUGAAAUAGAAUACAAGGUUGCUGAAGAUAUUAGAGUUAAAAUUUAAAUUGCAAGCAGGAGUGUUCACUAUUGAUUAAUGGAAAAAGAAGAUUGAGGAGUUCGGAUAGGACAAGGAAGCUAGAUGUUUGGCAAUUAUUGAAUCUUUGCGAUUUUCACCUCCAAAUUUAUCAAACACAGUUAAGUAAACACAUGUGGGCAAUUAGCUGAAAGAGUAAUUAGUGUAAGUCAGUUUUGACAUGCUAAAAAAUGAUAUGGAAAGGAUAGCAAUAGCAUUGGAAUAGUAGAUGGAUAAAAUUACAAAGACAGUUGAAUUUAAAUCAAAAAAUAUUUUGGAUGAAUUAGAGCGAAAUGAUAUGACCAAAAAGAGAAGAGAAUUCGAAGCCUCAUUAAUCAAAGAGAAAGAAUGGAGGGCUUUGGCAGAAGGGUUGCCAUUAGAAUAUUAGAUUGAAUUAGCACAUCAUGCCUAUGAUGUUGGAAAUACAAAAGUCUUUGAGGAUAUCAGCAAUUCAGCUUAUGUCAGGUGUAAAUAUAGAAGAAUUGAAGUUCCAUAUAUCUAAGAUGUUAACAUAUUGAUUAGUACUAAUCCUUAUCCAAAUAUUCCUAAUGGCUAUGAUAAGAUUUAAAUUGAUAUUAAUGAAGCUAAUCUUAGAACCGAAUUGAAACGACUUAGAAAUAAGAAUAAAGGUGAUUAGCAAUAGUAAUAACAGCAGACUCAAAAGAAGGAUGAGAAAAAGGAUAAUAAAAAGCAACCAUAAUAGCAAGAGUAAGAAAAACAAUAGACCGAUUAAGUGGGAUUAGGAGUUCAGGCUACAGAUUCGGAACUAGCAUAGAUAAACCAUAAUUAUAUUUACUUGGUUUAUAAGAAAUCUAUGACUCCUGACAAUGCAAUUUAUGAAAUUGAUGUUGUUAUGGCAGAUGAAGAAUAAGGACCUAUUGAGAAAAUGAAUUAAGGAUAUCGGGCAAUUGCCAUACCUAUUAAACAAUACACAGGAGUCAGAGAAAAAUACAAAACCGUUCCGUAUUUGUUACUAAAACACACUAUGAAUGAGUUAAACGAUGAGAAUGAAAAAAUGUCAUUGUUGGUAGGAAUUAAGCCAUUAUUUGGUAAGAAUCCUCUCAUUAGACCAGAUUUUGGAUAUCAGAAAAUAAAUUUAGAUCUCAGAUAAACUCCAAAAGAGUUUAUUAGAAGUCCUGGUAUGGAUUACAUCUAUAUUACAUACAAAACAGAUAAGUAUUAUUUCGUAAAGGAAAGAGAGUUAUAAAUAUUGAUUCAUUUCAUUAAAUUAGAAAAGUCAUAUCAAAAGGAGGUCUCUUCUAGUAUAGAGGAUGACAGUAGAUUAGAAUUGGAAAUAUGUUAUGAUUUAUAACACCUUAAGGAUUUGAUGGACAUGAUAAGCAGCUGUCUGGUUGGACCGUUGGGAAUCCACUUCUUAAAAGAAAAAAGAGAUUUUCUAUCUUAAUUAGUGUUCUUACUCUGGAGAAAAUACUACUUACCACCACUCUAUUAAAUGCAAUUUAUCUAAGAGUUAUUAAUUACUUAAGAGCUGAGUAGGUAGGAUUAUAGCCGUUACGACAAGGUGAUUCAAUAGGCAAGAGAGAUCUUUAAGAAUGGAUUGUUAGUGUUGAAUGAGAUUCUAUUCAAGAUCCCCUAUGUGGACAUCAUUUUGUUAUGCAAGGUGAAUUUGUCACUUGCUAAAUUUUUGGAGGAGGAGAAAGAAGCAUCAGUAGCUGAGGAGAAUUUGAAAAUUUGCAUUGAUAGGAUAAUUCAGCAUAGGAAUUCAUUAACAGUGAGAGGUGUUGAUUCUUAAAAAGAUUUAUUCUUACCAUUUGCAGCCACAUGUUCAAAUUAUAAAAUAGAAGAAAUGAUGAACAGAAUGAGGGAGGCGUGGAUUAAUCAGAAGAAUUAAAUAAAUAGAGAAAUUAGAAUAAAAAAUAGAUCAAAUAACAAGAAAUAGCAGUUAGAAGAUGAUGAAUUAAAUGAGGAGGAAUACGAAUUACUCGAAGCAUAUCAAUCUUUAUUGGGCGAUGAUAACAAAGAUACAAGUACUUUCUAAAUCUAAUAAAAAAUAAACGAAACAGAUUUAAUCAUAAAUGCAUUACAUGCAGAUCUAACUGUUGCAUUGUAUAGAUGUCAAUUAAAAGCAGGAUUAGAUCUCUAGAAGAAUUCAAUAAAGAAGAACUCUUUGGAAGAAGAAGUAGAAGGAGUCUCAUUAGCUAUUCAAAAAAAGAUGUCAAUAAUGUAAGGAGAAACAGCCCAAACUAUUAAGAAGAAUGUCAAUCAAUUAUAGAGUACACUUUAAAAAGAGGGCAAAUUGAAACCGCCAAAGCCUGUGAUCCAUUAAUUCGAAACUGAAAUAAUGAAUCAAGCCAACAAAAAUCCUUAUGCCAACUGUUUAUUGUACAUGCUUCUUGCUAGUGUGAAGUAGAAAUAAACAGAAUAACGAUCGUUUUUAGUAGAUUCUCUGAAAUUCUUGCAACAAGCUGAGAAAGAGGAGCAAUUACACAUAGAAAAUGGGAUCAAUGAUGCAAUCUUUGUAAUGUCCACUUUAUGUGAUAACAUUGACACUCAAAGCACCUCCAAUAAUGUAUUCCCAUAUUCUAUGUUGUUCAAUCCAUUAUACAUUAAAUCUACAUAGGUACCUCGUAAACCAAUUUUAAUUAGUAGGAAUUCUGAAUCUGUUACUUUUAAAUUGCCACCUUUCAAACCAAAAUUAUUGGAUAUGAUAGCCAUUGAUUAAGCGAAAAAGACCAUAACAAGUAUGGCAAUAUUUGGAAAAAUAAGUGCAAAUGGAGUCAAUGUGUCACUCACUUGUAAUGAUCUUAAUAACACUGGAAUUAGAUAGAAGAUAGGAGCAAUAGUUACGAUGAAUGGAUUAAAAAGAAAUGAGAAAUAUUGUUUUGCUGUUGCAGCUUAUGAUGGUACUGAAGGUGUAUCAAAUGGAAUAGGGGAAACAGGAGACGACAUCACAACAUUGCAUCCAUUACCUUUGCCUUUGUUAGCAUCGUAUUUAUGCAAAGUAGCUUAUCAAUUAUCUAAUUUUGACAUUUGUGAAGAGGCAGCUGAUUUUUGUAUUACCUAAUUUACAGAAGAUAGUGAAUUUAUCGAUCGUCAAUUACACAACGAACUUAAUCCGAUUCACAUCAAAAGGUUACUCUAAUAGAGAAUUAAAUCAGUAAGUUUGAUGGAAAUAUAAAAUUUGACAGAAACCUUUUUAAUCAAAGCAAAAUGUCUAUAAAAGAAAAUUGUGAAUACUGGAACCUAGGCUUAGAAACACUAAGUAUUGUUACGAAUUUGCAAUUAUCUAUUGCUUUCAUUAGAGACUUCUUUAAGUUGCAGACACUUCACAAUUGCCAAAAGAAUUGUGGCUGAAUUGUACAAUAUGCUAGAGUCAUUCUAGUAAGAAAAACCAUUAUAAGUAUUCCAUCUGUUGCUUAAGGCAUAAAUUAUUAUAGUUGAAAUACCUAAACAAUAUUGGGAUUCCAAUCUACGUAUUCUAUCAGCUAAAUUUACAUAUGAAAUAUUAAAAGUAUGUAUGAAACUAAAUGAAAUCACUUUAGGAAGAAGAGUCAUAACUGCGGAAUUGCAAUCAUUUAAUCGAAAGUGGUAUUAAGUACCUAAAAUAAUUAUGAUUGAAUAAGUGGAAGACACAAAGAAGGAUACCAAAAAGGAUGUCAAAAAGGGAGGUAAACCAUAACAAGUAGAUGAACCUGUAUAACCUCCUAAAUAAGUACCUAAAUUGAUUAGAGAACUUUAUGAAGUGAACUCUACUGUUUAAGACUUUUUGGAAGAAACUCUUUUGGCUAUGAAUGAUGAAUUUGGGGAUUAUGUCCCUUCCUUUGUUGAAAAGUGGAAAGAACAAAUUGAUUAAUUGAUACCAUACAUGGAGAAUCCCUCUGAUCAAAUAGACAAAAUAUUUAGUGAAUUAUCAAUUAGAUUAGAAUAUUGGGAAUGCAUAAAAGACUUAUCUACUGCUACUUAAAGACUGCCAAAAUAGCAUCCAAUUUAUCUAGAAAUGCUAUGUAAAUUGAUUAGGAGAAUGAUUUAAAGUAACAUAGACUAUAAAAUUAUUCAACCCCUUGCUGUUUUUAAUGAUCAAUUUUAACCUAGUGUUGGUAUAUCCAAUGAUAUCACUUCAAUUUAAUAAAAAUGUAUUCAAUUGGACAUCGAAUUUUAUCCUGCGCUAUUGCCAGAAUUGAUUGAAGACAAGAAAACCAAUAAAGUAGGGAAUGAUGAUGCCAUUCAACUGUUCGAGGAGUAUAACACAAAAAAGGCUUAAUUAUAUGAGCAAUUAAAGAUUGAGGGUUAAACUAUAAACAGAUUUGGAAUCAUGUCAAAGGCAAAAAGAUUUGAGUACGUUUAAUUGUGGAGAAGUGAGUUGAGCUUUUUGAAAGCCAUCUUAUCUUACAAAAGCAAUAGAAUCAGACUAGUUGAUGUAGAUUGUUUUGUAUCUGUCUUUAAUUUAGAUAUUGAACACUUGAAAGAGCAAAUCAAUGAACAUGAAUCCCAGAAGCAGAUUAAAUAAUAAUAAUAAGCACUUUAGCAAUAAAAAGAAUAACAAUUAUAAUAGCUUUAAUAAUAGGCACAAUAAAAGUAACCACCUGCAAAAUAGCCUCCAGGAAAAUAAUAAGUGUAAUAGCCAGUUGUUGAAUUAAGCGAGGAGGAAGAAUUGAUUUAGUUAUCGACUCAAAUAAUUAAAAAUGUUGCAGAUGCUUGUGGAUUUGCUGUUUGGAGUAAACAAUACAUUGUUAUGUUGAACCAUGUUAAAUUCUUGUAUAAUUUCUUAUUAAAAGAACAAAUAACUCCAUUCAUUCACCAGGGACAAUGUUGGUAAGACUUGUGUUUCAUUGGAAAUUGUAUAAAUAUGCUCAUAAGAGAAGUCAAGGAUCAUGGUUGGUUCUAAGUUAAAGAACAGGCGGAAAAUGAAUUGGCAUUGCAACCUCAUUUGCCAUAAUAAGAUUAUGUAUUUGAGCCACCUUUGCCUAAUACUGAACCAAUCAGACCGUCCUUGCUUACUUAGUUGUCUAAGGACUGCUGGUUCAGUAAGUACAAAGAGAUGGACUUAUUGGCCAAUGUUAUGGCAUAUAUUGUUUAAUCUUUGAUGGUGGAGUAGAAGUGGAAUAGUUUGAUUGGAAUAUCAAGGUAGUUUUGUAAUUUGACCACUCAUUACUAUUCUUAAUAUAUUUUACCAUUUACAAUUCAUGCGUAGACCAUUCUAUUCAAAGAAUCCCAGAAUAAAACUUAACUAAAACAGGAGGAACUUAAUGCAAGGACACAAGCAUUUUAAGUUUGGGAAUAAACAAAGAAAAAGAAAACUAGAUCAUCAUUAUUAACACAAGAAAUACCCUAGGAAGAAUAGGAUUAUCGUGCAGAUAGAGAAAUGCUGUUGUAAUAAAUUCAUUUGCUAAAAUAAAAACAAGAUUUCAUUGAGAAUUAAUUAAAAGUAAGUGAGAAACUAAUCUAAGAAAUAAAUAGAGAUGCCAAUUAGGCAUUAGAAAACCUGAAACAGGCACGUAAACUCUAUGAAAAAUUUGCUAUUGAUGACGAAUUGUUGAGUAAAGAAAGUAUACAAUUAGAAUUUAAUUCUGAAUUAUUUUUAUUAAAAUAGACCACUAUGGAUAAGAAGCAAUUGUAAUUGAUGGAUCAAACUUUGAAAUAAAAGAAGAAGAAUCACAAAUAGUUUGGUAUGUAGGUAAUAUCCAAAUACAAACUAACUUGUGAGUUAUUGCAUAAGAGGCAAGAGAAAUUUGCAUAGGCCUUGGCUUUGAAAGAAUUGGGAUCCUUGAAUUUUGCAAUGUAGAAUUAUGCUUAGGCUGAGGAAUCUUGGAGUGAGAGUUUGGAUACUAUAUUUCAAAGAAUUUUUGUAUUGAAAAGUAGUGCAUUCAGAUAGAUAAUACAGGAGUGCAACAAAAAUAAUUAAUUGCUUGCUCAAACUUAUGGCAUUUAAUAAUGUUUAAUUGGAGUUACAUUGUGUUCCAUAUUGGCUUAUAAUUGUUAUUAUGCUAAUUGUCAUCAACAGAGAGAAAGUGCAAUUCUAGCAUCUGAAUUAGUGUCUUCAGUGUUGAAAUUAUAAAUGACUAACGGAUUGGAUUGGCAAGCUUUUAUUCAUUCAAAGGAAGUUGCUAUUGGUAAUAUCUUUAAUGAUAGAUAUGUAUUGGAUCCAGCUGAAUUGGCUUUGUCUUGUGAAAGAUGUGCUUGGCUAUUAUUGGAUAGAGAUGAAGCUCUAAGGGCUGUCCCUCUAAUUAAUUUACUUGGUGAAUUGAGCAAUCGUUUAUAAAGUAAUUUCUAUUCAGUGCGUGCUAAGCUUUUAAGAUCUAUAGCUUUUUCAUCUAUUGGAUAUAUCAAUUAAGCUUAUUAGUCUUUACUAUAAAUUGCAAACGAGAAGGAUCUGCCAGAUUAAUCAAGUUCACUUUGGCAAUCCAGAAUUUCUGGUAAGUGGUGGUAUUCAAAUUUAGAAUGGAAUAAUUCAAUCCCUCCGUAUGAUGAGAAACACACAUAACUAACAGAAAAGAUACUUAAAGAAUUGGAGUUAACCAGAGAAUUUGGUUUGAAAUAUGGAUUGUAGAAUGAGAAUAUAUUUAAUUAUGCUGUUGCUGUCUUAGUCUAUAAUAUCCAUUCUGGAGAUAUAAUUGAGAAAUGGGAAAUUAAUGAUUUAAGGUGUAAAUUCUUGAUAAAAGUUGAAUCCAUAUUGAGAAACACUUUGAAUAAGUUGAAUUAGGAAGAAUAAAUAGAAUAAAGAAUAUUGACUAAACCAAAGGAGGAAAUUUUAGCUGAUCCAAAAAUGGAAGACUAUUUUCACUUAUAAGGAACAUCUAAAUAAGUUGGAGUCACCAACAAUUAGGAAGGAUUGACAUACUUAUAAAAAAGAGAAGAGAGAAUGUACAUGAUGGCAAGGUCUAGGAAUUUGAUGGCCAAAGUCAAUGUUAGUAUGGGUUAAAUUACAAGAGCAUUGUAUAUAUUCAAGUAUGCAGUUGAAAAUCUUUAUACUUACACACUUGAGUUGUCAACCAACGAGAAUGGUGAGGAAGUGGAAAAUUUGCCAUGGGAUUAAUUGAAACCUUAAGGAGUAGUAGAGGAUAAGAAAGGAGCUAAGAAGGCACCCGAGAAGAAAGGAAAGGAAGGCAAAGAAUCCAAGGAUAAACCUCUUGCAGAUGAAGUACCUGCUGUGAAAACGGAUGCAUAACUAAAAUUGGAAGAAACUAUCCUAUAAAUUGUUGAAGCUAGAAAAACUAGACAUUCAUUAAAUAUUUUUUAUUGGAUCAAAUUAAGAACCGAAUUGACGCUGCUAUUAUAUAGACACAAUAGGCAUGAGGAAGCUUUAGAGUAUAUGGAAGCCUUGAUGAACGAUUGCAAAUAAUUUAAUGACAAUUACCAUCAAAGAUUGAUUAUUGAAUAUCAAGCAAGAAUUCAAUUUAAGAAAGGAAAAUAAGCUGAAUCCAUAAAGAAAUUUAAAGAGGCUAUAGAAAUUGGCUAAAAGAACUUCCAUUAGGACCCUCAAAUGAUUGUACUGUAUGGUGAUCUUGGAGAAAUCUAUCAUGAAAAAAAUGAGUUUCAAGAAGCAAAAUAACAAUUUUAUGAUGCCUAUCAAAUGGCUGAAUAAUUAAUGUAGAUGAUCAACUAUGGAUAUGGAGUAGUGCCUAAUUGGAAUCAUAAAUGUGGGCAGGAGAAGAUUUAAAUUUGCUAGGAUCUGUGUGUCCCUUUGGAAAUAGAAUAGGAGAUACUAAAAAAGACUGAUAAAUAAAUCAAAACAACUAAGAAAGAUGAGAAGAAGAAGGAUGACGGAAAAGUAGUUAGAAAGGGAGCUGAUAAGUAAACAAAAAAAGAUAAUAUUGAUAAACCGCAAAUGCCCAUUAAGGGAUUAAAUUAAUUACCUAACUUUAAUUUUAUUUAACCUACUAAACUCACUUACACUACUGUGGAUAUCGAUACAAUCAAUAAUACAUAAUACCAAUAUAAUUGCUAUUUAAAGAACCUUGAAUUAUGGUAGAGAGCAUCAUUAAGAUAUGUUGAUAUAAUGAUUACUUUGAAUUAAGCCAACGAAAAUUCUAGUGUUUCUAUAGACUCAUAGGAAUCAUCAGUGGUUUCAGAUUCAGAAAGUGAGAAAUCCUCAGUUAAAGACAUCUUUGAUAUAAAUGUAAUUAGUGAAAUUGUUAAUAAAAUUGAUACUUCAAUUAGUAAGAGUAUCAAUGUACCUAUUAGUUUCAGAUUAGAAUUGUAUUAUUUGUAAAGCAAGAUUUAUAAAAUGAGAUUUGUUUAAUUAUUAUUAAACUUACAACAAAAGUACUUUAUGAAGUACUUGUCUGGUAAAAAUAAGAAAUACGCUGAUUUCUAUGAGAAAAGGCCUCAUCGAGAUCUUGUAAGGAAUAAAUACUUUCUACUUGUGCCUCCCUUCUGUUAAUUGCUCAAGGAAUAGGGUUUGCAAUAUUUGAUGCAAGCCAAAGAAAGUUUAUUGAAAGCCAUCAGUGUAAUUAGAGGAGAGGCAGUUUUAUUUGAAUUCAAUAGAAAACCAGAAGAAAUCUUGGUUGCCAUGGCUGAGAUUUGUUUAUUUAUAAGAGAAUAUCGUGUCAGGCAAGGGUAUAGAUAUGUGAAGGUGGAUUAUUUACAAUCCUUAAUCAAUUCUAAGAGUAAUAAUUAUUAUUAAUAGUUUAGACACUGAACAAAACAAGAUAGAUUUAGAAUAAUAAUUGAUUAGUAUGGAAAGAUCAGAUAGAUUGGAAUAACUCAAUUUAGAAUUAGAAGCACAAAGUUAUCUCAAAUAUGCCAUUGAAUUAGUUAAAGCAAGACAAGAACUCUUGGAAAAUUUUGCAGCAGUUGCACUUACCCCAUUACCUGAUGUGAAUAAAUUGGCACUUGAAAUUUAUACUGAGAUAAUCGAAUAGGACUAUUAAUAUAAGAAAAAAUACAAUCCAAUGUUAUUUGAUGAAUCCAAAAAGAAAGUUGGUGUAUCAUCAAUGGAUGUUUUACAAUUCAUUUAAAAAGUAUGGAGAGAAGCGAAAGUAAUGACCUUUAGUGGAGCAUAUUUACAAAGAAUGAUUUCUAAAACUCAUCGUUUCUUAAAGUUGCAUAUGUAAUCUUACCAAAAAUGUUUGAUAACUUCAUUAGAAGUGGCUCCUAAAAAUGAUGUGAAUGCAGUGUUCAUAGAUGAAGGCACUAUUGUUACUAAAUUAUUGUAUAAUCCAGUUGCACAUGAAUUUAAGGUCCUUUAUGUUUUAGGUGGACUUAAUAAGGAUAAAAUUAUUACUUCAUUAUAGAAAGAAGAGAAAGAUAAAUUAAUCAUUUCAGAAGAGAAGAAUGUUUUAUAUGGUAACAUCUAUAUUACUGAUGCAAAUAUUUCGAUGCUUAUGUAGGAUGCACUCAAUUUGCAAUCUAAAAUGAAGGAAUCAGAUUAGCAAUCAUAAAAAAUGAAGGAAAGAGACUACAAACAUCAUAAAAAAGCAUUUUAUAAACUAAUUGAAUAAAUAGGAUUCUAUUUCUUCUAAAAGCCAAGUAUCAUUAUUAUCCAUAUUUUAGGUACAAUCUAAAUGUAAAAUGGCUAAGCACCUGAAUCCAUUAAAAAGUCUGUAGCAUUCAAAAAAUCAGAAUCCUUCAUGUAAGAAUAAAAUGAACCAGAUAUUCUUUCUAAGUAUGAAGCAAUAGUCCCAGAAUUAACUCAUGAUAACAUUGCUAUAUUGAUCAACUUAUUCAAUGAUUAAGGAGUAUUGUCCAUUAAUCAUAACUAUUUAGCAAUAUUAAGAUAUUUCCAUCAUUAAAAAUAUAAGUGA